UAAAAGAGUAAACUUUGAAUAUUAUUACUAUUUUAAUUUUGGUGUAGAAUUAGCGGGUGUAACCAUGGAAACGUGGACGAAUAUGAGAUGAAGACAAAGCUGUCUGAUUCUAUGAUUUAUUUCCCUUUUCCUAAAACCUUGGAACAUCAUCAUCAGCUGAGCUAAAAUAAAAUAAAUCUUGGAAUACAGAUGAAGAAUGGAGAGAGAGUGGAGGAGUUCACGGCAGGGUAUUACGGUUUGUGUGCGGCGGCUGGAAUGCUCAGCGCUGGUGCCACCCAUCUCGCAAUCACCCCUCUCGACGUCUUGAAGGUUAAUAUGCAGGUGAAUCCAGUGAAAUAUAAGGGGAUCAUGUCAGGGUUUAGUAUCCUGUGCAGAGAAGAAGGGGCUCGUGGUGUUUGGAAGGGUUGGUCUAGCAAACUAUUGGGAUAUGGUGUACAAGGUGGAUGUAAAUUUGGUCUUUAUGAAUAUUUCAAGAACAUUUAUGGUGAUUUAUUGGCUGCUGACCGGAGGAGCAGCAAUAAAAAGGGUUUGGUAUUUUUCAUGAGCAGUGCUUCUGCUCAAAUAUUUGCUGAUGUUGCUCUUUGCCCCUUUGAAGCUGUCAAGGUUCGUGUUCAAACCGAUUCCACUUUUGCCAAGGGCUUGUCUUCUGGUUUUCCCAAACUUUAUGCCAAUGAAGGCUUUUAUGGAUUCUACAAAGGUCUUCUUCCGCUUUGGGGGCGUAACCUGCCAUUCUCGAUGAUUAUGUUUACAACAUUUGAGCAUUCUGUGGAGGUGAUGCAUCGAAAAAUAAUAAAAAGAAAGAGGGAAGAUUGCUCGAGAGCCCAACAACUGACGGUGACAUGUUUAGCUGGGUAUGCAGCUGGAGCUGUUGGUACUGUUAUCUCUAAUCCUGCAGACAAUAUUGUUUCAUCCCUUUACAAUAAAAAGGCUGCUACCAUAAUGCAGGCAGUAAAGAAUAUCGGAGUUAGGAAUUUGUUCACUAGAAGCCUUCCUGUUCGAAUUGCAAUUGUGGGGCCUGUUGUUACUCUGCAGUGGUUUUUGUAUGACAGCAUCAAAGUGUUUAAUGGACUGCCUGCUAGUGGAGGGCUGAGAAGGCAUAUUCUGAAAGAUGCUGAAUUAGUAACACCUUAGUCAAUAAUGUCAACCUAAUAAAACAAUUUGUUUUCAUGGAUAUAGAAAUAUAAUAUUUUUUAGCAGAAACAAAUUAAGAUGGUGGAGUUUCGAGUUCUCGUUUAACAAUUUUCAAAGGUUUGCUGGUAAUGAAGAGAUCGAUCACCCACCGCCUUCUUUCGAGUUGAUAUGAUCAAACUUGUUUCGGCAAAUGCAACCAGUUUUUGUUUGCAGCUGUUGUUGUUGUGUGAUUUGUGUAAUGUGAAUGAAUGUAAAUAUACCCUGUGUUAAAUUGCAGUUACAAUAAUUAGAAAUUAGGAUUGGUAGAAUGGACUACUACUGAAGAAGCUAUAUUGUAUCAUAUUUGUAGGUAGUAAGUAAUAACCAAGUUAUUGGUCUACCCACGUUUUCAGUUUUUGUUGACCUGGUCAACUUUGAUUCUUCUUGUGCCUAACAUUUUAAUUUCACUAAUCUUUUACUAUU